UUAAAAUGCUUUUGAACUAGUGCAGUAUGUGCAUACGCCACAUGGUCAAUAUAUAAAUACAGUAACACAGGAUCCAGAAAAUUUUUCUUGAUGUUCUUUCUUUAGGCUUAACGUAACUUGUAUCCGAAAAUGAGAUUUUAAUCUAUUUGAAAAUCAGACCUUUAAGGAUUAUCAUAUUGGGAAUAAACAAUCACUUUAGCUGGGUCAUGGGUAUUUUAAUCUUCAAGGUUUUCGCCGUACAUGCAGAAGAUCGAUUUGCAGUUAUUUAAUAUUUAUAUAUUUGAUAAGCUUAUUACAGUAAAUCUGUAUGAAGAGAACAAAAGCAGUACACAUUCAACUGCUCUGAGAUAUUUUCAUAAAUUUUAAUAAUGGACGCUACUACCAAAGAAAUAAUGGAAAACACAUCGCACUGUGAUGUAUUGGAAUACCCUCCCAAUUCUUCACCAAGAAUCAAAGCCGAACUGGACACAAUGGAACUAAGGCGCAAAGAAACUGACGAAAUCAGGAAAGUAUUCAAGGAAAAUGGCCUCUUCGGAUUAACUCGGUCAAAGACAUUACCUCCGCUAUCAUGUAAAAAAGACCUCGCAGAUAAAAUAGGAGAAAAUUCGAACGGUCCACGCCCAUCUCUUCGAACAAACAGACCUGUUACCCCAAAUUUUCCUUGUAUCAUCAAGCGAGUUAACAAAUCCCCGAUUAAGAUUGACGCCCUCUUGAGAAAUUCAGAGCCUAUACCACACUUUAUAGACAGAGCUUCCAGCCAGGUGCCAAAGAAAGCGUCCAGAGCCAAGAGCAUACAGGGAUGGCAGAACGAAAUAAAGAAAGUGGUCCCUCAGAGACCCGCUUUCGCCAUUUCCUCAGACUGGGUGGCACCCCCCGCGGAUUGGGAUGACCGGGACCCCUACGUUUCCUCCCCAAGGAGUAUGUUUUACACAAACACCAAAUAUGUGCUUCAUAAAGACUUUAUUGUCAGUCCCGAAUGGAUCUCCGAACAAAUGAAAGUAUCCGAAUUUUCUCCAGCUUACCGCACAUGCGCUCUUAGAUACGGAUGGUGCUCGUGAUGACCUUUGUAUAUACCUUACGUCAGUAUUGGUUACUUUAUAUUAAUCAUUUCAAUUGUAACAUUUUAAAUUCUUUUUGUCACUGAAUAUUCUGCUUUGAUGGAGGGAAAUAUGUUCUCAAAAUGUUUUUGUUUGAUGCAUCUAAAUGCAAUGUGGGUCCUGAAUUUAAUGCAUUUUUUUCGAUGUUGUUCUUUUCGUUGAUGGUGUAAAAACAAGAAACAUAGACGGAAGUCAAAAUUAUUUUCAAAUUUGAUACACAUUUAAUGUAUGCAACCAAAGAUAUUAUUUGUAAAAUUUGAUAAUCUUUACUUGUUUAUGAUUUUGCACGAAAAUAAUAAAACAACAUACAUAUAAACGUACCACUUAAU